AGCUUAUUUCCCCACUCUCUUCAGAUAUUUAAAGUUCAACUGACGUUCCGACAAUACUGGAUGGAUAAACGACUCACGUUUAGUUCUCAACGUAUCAGUUAUUUGAGCGUAAACGAUUACAAUUCCGUUUGGACCCCUGAUAUUUUCUUUACCAACAGCUUCGGUGGAAAAGCCCUCAACCUCUUAUCAACCAAUAGCCUACUACGUAUCAUGCCUGACGGGAAAGUAUUGUACAGCCGAAGAAUCACUCUGGAGUUAUCCUGUGAACGAGAAUUAGCCAAGUUUCCCUUGGAUACCCUUACCUGCCCAAUCAUUCCCGCUUUGUAUGGAUCAACAACUGACAAAGUCACUCUAAAGUGGAACAACUUAAACCCUGUGGCCUUGAGGCCAAACAUGGAUUUCCGUGGAUUCACUCUCAAGUCAACUAAACAAGAAUACUGCAUUGCAGAAACGAGUACUGGAACUUAUGGUUGCAUAAAAGUUAUAUUUGAAUUUAAGAGGAACUUCGGGCCCUACUUCUGUCAUCUUUAUCUUAGCACUUUACUCAUGGUGGUUCUUUCACGGUUGUCGUUUUGGAUCCACUAUUCUAAAGUUAGUAUCCGUACCUUCUACUUGGCUGUGUUGCUUUUCUUGGGAGUUAUUUCCACUAUUCACGCAGACGAGAUGAUUCCAAAAUCUCCUGAAACUAAAGCCUCGGACGUUUGGAACGGAGUCUGCUUCGUUUUCUUCCUUGCUGCUAUCAUCCAGUUUGUUCUACAACACACUGGUGCAAAGGCUAACUUAGUAGAAUUGGGUGACACUGAGACCGCUAAAGAUGGCCAAGAAAAGAAUAAGAACAGGAUUAAGUUUAUCCCAGUGGUAGUUGGGCGUCUAUUUAGCCAAAACGCAAGUAAGGCUGACAUGGUAUCUCGCAUCGUCUUCCCUAUCCUCUUCCUUCUUUUUAACGUCGUCUAUUGGCCAGUCGUUUAUGCUUGAAAAAUGAUGUCCAUUGUAUAACAAAUAUGUGGGAAAAUACACGAAAUGAAAACCCAUAAUUAAUUAAUUUGAAAGUUAUCAAUAUAUUGGAAAUACGUUAUUAAAAUCUAACAUAAUUAUGUUUAUAGAAUUAUAUAUUUUUUUUCCGCAAGACCGAUUCAUGUACUAUUUUUCAUACAACAAACACAUUCCUAAAAAUCCGAACUAAAUCUUUAUGUCUACUUAAUAUAGUUUGUUUGUUUCCGUGAUUUUUUAGGCAUCUAUACAAAAUAUUUUGCCUCUAUUUUACAAGGUUUCUCCUUUACAGACAAACAGUAUACUUUUGUUCUUCACCCAAUCAAAAGAACACUGCUCUCUGACUAAAAAAAAAUUCUAAUUCUA